UGCUGCCCCACCGACUGAUGUGAAAAUUUUUACUUCAUUUUACAAUUAAGUAUUGACAUUAUGUUUCUUGUGUGAAUAAAAAAUAUAAAGUAUUGCAUAGUUGUUGUAUGCAACACUAAAUAAAAAAAAUCGACCAAUGUGGUGUGUCCCGUGUUCAGAAGCGUAUUAAAUUGCGAUGUUUGUCGUAGAUCACUAAAGAGCCUUUUGAUUAGGUUUUCGCACGUCCUAUAUCGAACAAUCGUGGGUUUUUAUGCUAUUGCAAAACCACGGAAGAGUUAUUAUAGUAAAAAGUUUGAAGUUACGUAUUAUGUGUGGUGCAGUGCAGUGGUGAGUGGUGUGGACUGCAAUGAAGCAGUGAAGACGGCUAGGGCCGAUCCAGGGUAGCUGGGUGUCAUGUUGGAAACGCGGUCCGUUCGAGCCGCAGACUCGGUGUGGGCGAACAAGCCGCUGCCGGCGCCUCACGCCAUGGCGAACUCGAGGCACGGUAAAAGUGCUCAGGACGACGUCUGUUACGUGGUAGCCAAGUAUGAUUACGCAGCCCAGGGUGCGCAGGAGUUGGACUUGCGUAAAAAUGAACGUUAUUUACUCCUUGACGAUUCCAAGCACUGGUGGCGGGUGCAGAAUGCCCGCAGCCAAUCUGGAUAUGUGCCCAGCAACUAUGUUAAAAAGGAGAAACCUUCCUUAUUUGACAGUAUUAAAAAGAAAGUUAAAAAGGGAUCUGGUUCGAAAACCUUGCCAUCUAGUGGCUCCCCGGUUCGUGGUGGCUGCGGUGGCGGUGCGGAGUCUCCUGGUGGCCGGCGUGUUGAGCCCACCGAAGCCCUAGGGACUGCUGUGGUCAAAUAUAAUUAUCAGGCGCAGCAGCCUGAUGAACUGUCUCUGACGAAGGGAACAAGAAUACUCAUACUCGAGAAGAGCAAUGAUGGUUGGUGGAGGGGACAGUAUCAGGGGCAUACUGGAUGGUUUCCAUCAAACUACACAAGUGAAGAAGAUGGCGAGGAUACAGUUCAUACAUAUGCUAUGGCGGAAAAUGUUCUUGAUAUCGUUGUUGCCCUGUACUCAUUCACCUCUAACAACGAGCAAGAGCUGUCCUUCGAGAAAGGUGAUCGCCUAGAAAUAAUUGAGAGACCACCUUCAGACCCUGAAUGGUAUAGGGCCAGGGAUUCCAGAGGGCAUGUCGGUUUGGUGCCUCGGAAUUACCUGCAGGAACUAGCUGAUUACUUGGCUCAGCCUUACAGCGAGGCAAACGAAACCGUGCCCCGCGCAGUGGGCGGGGCUAGUUCUAGCGGGGCGGGGCUCGGGACACGCGCGUGGUACUACGGCGCAAUCACGCGCACGCAUUGCGACACGCUACUCAAUCAGCACGGGCACGACGGGGACUUCCUUAUACGGGAUUCUGAGACCAAUGUUGGCGAUUAUUCGGUGUCUCUUAAAGCGCCGGGUCGCAACAAGCACUUCCGCGUGCACGUAGAAGCAACGCUCUAUUGCAUAGGCCAACGUAAGUUUUCCACGCUCGAUCAGCUGGUCGCACAUUACCAACGCGCGCCUAUAUACACAAACAAACAGGGAGAGAAGCUUUAUCUCGUCCGACCACUUCCAAGAGCCACGCAGAACUGCUGAGCGGUUCACGUUGAGAAGUGACUGUACGAUUCCAGACGGAAUCGGUCACUGUUCUCAGAAUUGAAUGUGCUUUAGUCAGAAUUGUAUGGGGCUGAUUCCGUAGAUAAGUGACUCCAUACUUAAGUAUUUGAUUCCAAGCGGAAUCGGUAAAAAGUGAGUUUUGAAUGUUUUGAAUUUUGUUUGCUAUAGAGUCAGUUGUUUAUGGAACCACGUGGAAUCGGUCGCUGUUUAUGAAGCUACAGAUUGUUAUUAUUUGGUAUAGAGUCAGUUGUUUAAGGAUUAGGUUCCGUAGAGAAGUGACUCCAUACUUAAAUGAUUCCAGACGGAAACGGCUAUAGUUUAUUUUUAUCCGCUUUAAUAACAUUGUCACUUCUUCCAUUCUAAUUAAAUUUGAAAAUUGAUGUAAGCCGUUUGUUGAGGGAAAAGGAUUCCGCGACACUGAUUCCACACGGAACGUGUUUUCUAUAAAAUUACAUGUAUAUUGACUUCGUAGAUAAAUCUAAACGGGAUUGUUUUUGUGGAAUUACAAAAUUUACGUUUGGAAUCAAAUCAGUUUCGAAUGUAAUACGUUCCGUAUGGAAUCAACUUUAUAAAGAAUUAAUUCCGUUUGAGUUCAUUAUUUGUAAAUCAGUUAUGUUAGAAAUAAAUGCAGUUUGGAAUCGAUUCCGUAUGGAAUCAGUCUUAGGUUCUGAGAUGGACACUAUGACAUUAACACUGUAUGUGACCUUGCGUUUAAAUAAUUUUUUGAAUGUGUCAAAUAUUGGGCAAUGCAAGAAAAACCUCAAAAUUACAGUCUAUGGUUCCUCUUUAUCAAAAUGUUUAUGGAAAAAUUGUGAAAAUAAUCUAUAUUACGAAUUAUGCCUAUAUUGUAUUAAGCCAUAAAGCCUAGACAAUUCGUGUACUCACUACUUAAUAUCUUAACGCCCGGUAUAACUAACGACUAGUUUGAAUAUGGAAACUGGGCGUUUGCUAUAAAACAGUUAACUAUGGUAUAGCAGUGUAUAUUAUAAUUUAAUAUUUCCUAUAAAACUUUCAGUAUGGGAUAUGUUGAAAUAUUUCUAUACCAAUGCGAUAUCUGAUAUUACAUACGAAAUUGCUUAGUGAUGUGCUAUCGAUAUUUUAAUAGACUGACGAACCUUAGUGCUCUGUGUCGUGGCAUGGCCAAAUAACACGAAACUAUCGAUAUGCCACAUCACUGGCUAGUAGUCUAUAUUGCGUUGAAGCAACGCCCGUAAUAAACCAAAAAUUGGCUUGAGCGUUCUCUAUUAUAAUUAGGUAAGCAAUUUCUAUAUCAUAUAUAGAUGUAAGUUAGUGUAAUUUAAAUAUAUAGUUAAAUAUUUAGAACCCACGAGUCGUUCGUCUAAAAGUUUACGAUUCGUUGAAGGCCCGUUAUACACGGGCGAUCCGAAAAUUGUCCAGUGUAUGUACGGACUUACGGACGCAUAUAUUGUGAUGUUUGGCUACUAUAUUAAUGUAAGUCACUAUCGGGGAGUGGAAUCGGCUGGGAACGUGUUUUAUGAUGGAAUCGUUGCGUUAUAUAGGCCCAAUCGUGCUUGGACGAGAAUUGUCAAUACAAUUUUAUUGGAAGCUUAAACAGCGCUGUUGGGCCUAUUUGAAACUUAAAAUGCAUAUAAAAAGAAAACUCUGUUUUGAUAAUAUAAUUGUUCAAUGAAAUUUAGUGUUUUUCCCAUAAAACUCAAAACCAAGGGAACGUAAGAGUAAUAUCAGAGUCGACAACGAAUUAGUUAACUCAGAUCAGAUAGGAAUAAUACGGGGAUAAACGUUAUUUGAAAAAAAAGUAGUAAAAGAGCUGAUAAUAAUUUCAAUAUGGCCAAAUUUAAGCCGAUUUUUUAAUAUUCAUACCGGUCUUAUUAAACCUCCUUUGCCUAUCUUUGACAGCGACAUGAAAAUGUCAUUGAAAAUUUCAAAAUGUCAAACGUCAAUAAAUGUAAUAUAUCAUUAGACUACUAAAAAUAUGAUUGUAUAUAUAAGGGCAACGAAUAAAAAUAGAUUCCCAAAUUGAAAUAGUUGUUUAUCCUCGUACGGGUCGGAAUCGGAUCUCUGACGUGGCUAUGCUAGUCAAUACGCCGGCAUCACACGCUUCGCCUACUAUACCAUAAACAGAAUUCGUUCAAGAGUGACAGAAAUAUAAAACUACGUCUACCCACAUAUUAAAUUAACUUAAUGAUUUCCCAAUUUUUCUUCUUCUCUUCUUCAGGUCCUGCGAUUAAAUCCUGGCUAUGUACCAAUGUUUUUCUAUCAAUGCGCAAUGGAUUAAGUUGUGGUGAAGGAAAAAUAUACAGAUACACAAUUUUACAGCCAAAACUAAGUUGUAGUGAACCACAGUUCUUACUCAAACUCAAAUAUCUUAAUUCAAAUAGGUAAACUAGUACACUUAUGAACCUAAACAGAAAAGAUGUUUAAUUGAUUCUAAAUUUACAUUUACUACCAGUUCGCAAUUCAAGUAGAACUGGCAUGAAAAUCUGCGCCAUAUGUUAGGCUUUUAGGCACGCAUUUAUUUUACAUCUACCCUCGUUAUUAAAGACAAUAUAGACAUAACAUUUAUUACUAACAAAACAAAAGGAUUUUUAAAUAUUACUUUGAAUAUCACUUCACUGCCUUUAUCCGUAUGUAAUGAUUUUUACCUUUCAUUAAUUUAACAUCUCAAAAGAAUAUUAGAAUGUUCUUCAAAACGAAUUAAAUUUCCCCAAAACCGUGGUGUUUUAAUACUAAGUCAGAAAUUGUGUGAAUUGCUUUGAGAAUUUGCAUCCUCAUAGAUUAGUUAAUGUUCUGUCACUUUUGAAAGGGUUUAAUUUCAUAUAAGGUUUAUACAUUACUAUAAUUCAAUACACGUCUAUAGAAGAGUAUUUAACAAUGAGAUUAAAAUACAGUUUUGUUUAAUGUAAAUAGUUUUUUUUUUAACUUAGCAAUAAUGUUUUGUAAUAGAAAAAUUGAUUUAUAAUAUAUUUUAUGAUUUCGUGUAAGUUGUGAUCAAACUUGGCAGCUAUUAUGUUGUUUUUUUUAAUACAGUAUUUAAGAUUUAGUUGUUGUAAGUUUUAAUGUGCCAGAUAUUUCCGUGUGUAGUCUUCUGAAAUAAAAAAUAUCACGCUCUUCCGAAACGAGGAGUUUAAUUUGCGUUUUGACGUAUUUUUGGGAUUUAUGUUCAGAAAUAUAUAUUUUAAUAUAAAUGUUGGCUCCUCACUAAUGUCGUCCAAUAGAAGACAGAGCGACUGAUCAUUGACACUCCACAGAUAAGUAUCGCAUAGACAAGCUGCGAUAUCUAGAUUUGUUUAUUACUAUAAAUGGUUUAAACGUGGAGAAGGUAAUGAAUUCGGUUUUUAAUGAUUUAAUCGUGAAUUACGCAAUUAAUAAUUAAUUAAUAGUAUAUUGAAAAUAACAUCGUGUAAUGGAAACUUGUAAACGUAGCUUGUCUAUCCGAUUUCUUGUAUAAGACAAGUUAUUUUUCUAUAAAAUAUAUUUGAUUUUCAUCAAAAUACCGAGAGAAUUUUCUGUCUGUAGAAUUAUAACGUCAUUGGAAUGAUUUCCGCAUUUAUAAGGCUUUAUUCGACUCGCAUUUAUUUGAAAAUUAUUUUCUUAAAUGAUCUGAAGGACUGCGAUCAUGCCUACCCUUUCUAUCGUGGAAGUUUUUAUUGCGAGGGAAAGAGAUGGCAUGAUGUCUACGAGUCUUAUUUCCGGUGUACUGUGUGAUAAUGUUUGUCAAUUUUGUGACAAAUGUAUCGCGAUCGAAGAUUGUAAGUUACUAGAUCUUUUUGAUGUAUUUAAUACGUUUUAUACUCUAUUGUAAGUAGACAUGUAAUUGGAAGUUAAACAGUAAAGUAGGGAGGUAGAAACAAUAGAAAUGUAAUAGAAUGAUGCUUGUAUGAAUUUGUGGCGAGUACCAAGGUUGUAGGCGAGGAUUUUCAAACGAGAUUCGUAGAGAAAAAUUGCAAAAAUACCUAUGUGUUCGCUUAUUGUAUAGUUAAUUAAUUCUAAAAGCGAACAUAAUAAUCCGGAGGUCCUUCGAGAUGGUACGAUUUGGUACAUCACAUAGUAAAGAAAAACAUUAUUAGCAGCAGAGGCAGUGAUCAGAUAAAUUACGACAGAAUUGUCAAUAAACCUGGACAAGUCUAUGACCAUAACUGAGUUCUUUAAGGCAGGUUUUUGUUGCAUACCAGUUUAGAACCAGCUGCCCUCUAAAGUAU